AUUAGUCCCAUUCUGAACACACAGGUGUUUUAUUCUGCGCCUCCACCAGGUGGUGCCAGUACACCUUUACGCUAGUCACCGACCACCGGAAGAAGCAGAAACAGGAAGCUGCUAGUUGUUGUUCUGGAGUGUGGAGAGAAUAUUUGAGGCUCUGCAGUAAAAAAUGUCUUCACUUCAGUCUCUGGGAGAGUUGAUCAGCUAAAGCGAUUAACUGCUAGUGCUGCAGAAAUCUUCUCACCAGGCUGUGGAAACUUUCUUCUCCUCCUCAACGACUUGGUGGAGUUCUUUCCGGAACCAGAGAAGAUAUUCUGCGGUCUUCGUGACAAUCGGAGCUCCAGAAUCAGGCUGUGGGUGUGAAAAGCUUUUCUCUAUAGACUUCCUGUCCUCUGGAUCUGCUGCUGUUCCGUUGGCCGCUCUGAGAAACGCGCUCGUUUUGCUGCUUUCAUCAGAUUGAAGAGGUUCCCUCUAUCAGACUCGCUCAUCUGAGUUGGUCAUGAUGCAGGAUCGCUGCUCGCUCUCUGAUCCAUCCUGCUCACACUCUCCGGAAAAGCCCCGAAUCUGAAUGUAACUCUGGAGGAAAAAGCGGUUAGCUCUACUCCGUGAACUCUGCUGUUAACUAAACACGGCUAAAGAAAACCUGCUACCACUUCAGCAUCAUCCAUCAGCUGGGACUGAUUCAUCGUGUGUUCUUCACCACCUGGACCCGGACAGCAUGGACACAGAUGUUCAACAGAUGGUGCAGGUUAAAGAAGAUCCUGAAGAACAGAGUGCUGGUGUGGACCAGCAGGACCCAGAACACCUCCACAUAAAGGAGGAAAAGGAGGAGCUCUGGACCAGUCUUAAGGGAGAGCAUCUCCAUUUGAUGGAGGAGACUGAUUCUGCCAGGUUUCAAUUCAGUGCUGUUUCUAUAAAGCGUGAGGGUGAUGAAGAGAAACGUCUGUUUUCACAGCUUCAUCAGCAGCAAAUAGAAGACAGAGAUGUUCCAACCAGCAGCUCAGCUGACCAGAUGACAGCAGAAACUGGUGGAGGAGCAGGAACUAGCAGGAACCCAGAUCUUAACCCUCAUGAACAAACAUCUGAUUCUUCAGAGACUGAAGUUAAUGGAGAUGAUGAUAUGAAUCUAGACUCUGGGAUGUCAGACUCUGGGUCUGAAACUGGAGACGAAGACUAUGACUGGAAUGAGAAAAGGUCUUCUGAGUCAGAUGUUAAGACUGUCAACAUAUCCUUUAGCUGUCUUGAGUGCAGUGAACGAUUUCAUGACAAGCAGUCUCUCCAGAAUCAUGUGAGAGUAACCAGUCAUUCAGCAAUAAGGUCUUCCAGCUUUUUGGUUAAUAAGAAAUCUGUUAGACUUAAGCAACCUGUAGACUCAUAUAGGAAAGUCCAGAAAGAACUAAAAUCAUUUAGUUGUGGUGACUGUGGAAAAAUAUUUGGGAAAAAAUCAAGUUUAAACAGUCACAUGACAGUCCACACAGGACAGAAACCUUUUGUCUGUGAGCUCUGUGGAAAAAUAUUUGGGAGAAAAUCAAAUUUAAACGAUCACAUGAGAGUCCACACAGGACAGAAACCUUUUGUCUGUGAGCUCUGUGGAAAAAUAUUUGGGAGAAAAUCAAAUUUAAACGAUCACAUGAGAAUCCAUACAGGACAGAAACCUUUUGUCUGUGAGCUCUGUGGAAAAAGAUUUACCCAAAAGCCGCCUUUAGACAAUCACACAAGAGUCCACUCAGGACAUAAACCUUUUGUCUGUGAGCUCUGUGGAAAAAGAUUUACCGAUAAGUCGACUUUAAACAAUCACAUGAGAGUCCACACAGGACAGAAACCUUUUGUCUGUGAGCACUGUGGACAAAGAUUUACCCAAAAGUCACAUUUAAACGAUCACAUGAGAAUCCACACAGGACAUAAACCUUUUGUCUGUGAGCUCUGUGGACAAAGAUUUAACCACAAGUCAACAUUAAAUGAUCACAUGAGAAUCCACACAGGACAGAAACCUUUUGUCUGUGAGCUCUGUGGAAAAAGAUUUACUCAAAAGUCGACUUUAAACACUCACAUGAGAAUCCACACAGGACAGAAACCUUUUGUCUGUGAGCUCUGUGGACAAAGAUUUACCCAAAGGUCAAAUUUAAACGAUCACAUGAGAGUCCACACAGGAGAUAAACCUUUUGCUUGUGAGUUCUGUGGAGAAAGAUAUGGACAAAAGAAAACUUUAUUCAAGCAUAUGAGUGUCCACACAGGAUAGAAACUUUCUGUUUGUGAGCUAUUUGGACAAAUUUAAAGUGACAGUGUGUACUUUCCCUGGCAAUAGGGGGCAGUACAUAUCUAAAUGAUUGCAAGCAGUAUUUUUGUGUUCGAGUAAGACGUCACUAAUGUAUGGCUAUUAGGGUAAAAACAUCUGCACUUUUCAAACUUGUACUUCAUCAGUUCUCUGCUGCUGGGGUGGGGGUUGGUUGUUUUUGCUCCCGACUGACCCACGUUCAGUUGUGUCAAGUAUUUUAGACUUCUGUGUUUUUACACUGCUUUUAACUCAUUCACUGCCAGCCGUUUCCUGAUCAGAAAAUCCCUUCGCUGCCAGCAUUUUUCAGCAUUUUCACUGUCUUUAAGAGUCACAGAAUGUUGCGUGGUAGGAUGAUGCCAACACCAAAACUAACAAAACAAAGAGUAGACUCACCUCUAAAAUCAGGAAGAAUCUGCGUGUUUCAAGCGUUAUCCGUUUUUUCAUAAUCCAUUGUUGAAUUGGGAUCGGCAGAAGCUUUUCCGGUUCGAGCCUCACUUUUUUUACAGCAACGGCCCAAAAUGAUCUCCUAACACAUGGAUUUUCUGCUUCCUGAUCACAUGAUGUGUGACGUACGCAGAUGAAGAUAGGCUUUAGAGCUGGGAUGUUUGUUCUCACGGUGCGGGGGCUCAUUCUGACGCCCACACAGUAAAAAAAUUUGCAGUUAAUGAGUUAAAUAUUAUGGUGGUAGGGUUAGGGUCAGGGUUGAGGGGGUUACAGACAGUGACUUCUUACUAGGCUUCCAGCAACAAAAUGGGGUUUAAUACAACAUUUAGUUGAUGUUAGGAAAAACCCUGACCUACUUAUCAAGCAGAGUUCUCUCACCCUUGCUGCUUAAAUGUGUUAGGAAAAACCUUGACCUAGUUACUUGUUUAACGUUUGGGUGUUUUCAGAAAACUCCUUUCGGCUCGAGGUGUUUUUCCAUUAGUUGAAGCAAACUGGUCAGACGGGAGGUUUCACGCUAUUUGUUUUCUGAGGCCAAGAAGGGUUUGUGGAAUUUGUGGGUGUGUGUGUUUUCAAAUAAAAGCUCUCCACAAGCUUUGGCUCUUUGUGAGAGGAAAAAUGGCUUCUGACUUCAGUGUGUCUCUGUGCCUUUCCCUCACCCGUUGCAAAGGAAGCUUUGUAAGCUUUGUAUUUUAAGGUUUGUUACAAUUUACCAAAUUAUCUGUAUGUCUUCGUCUUCGUCUUCCUCCGCUUAUCCGGGUCCGGGUCGCGGGGGCAGCAUCCCAACUAGGGAGCUCCAGGCCGUCCUCUCCCCGGCCUUGUCCACCAGCUCCUCCGGCA